AUGUCUUUAUCCCUAUUUCUUCUACUUCCUCUUCCACCUCCUCCUCCUUCUUCUUCUUCUUCGAAUUUUCUUUUCCUUUGUUUCUUAACAUUUCCAUCGUGUCUUUAUCCUUAUUUCUUCUACUUCCUUAUCCUUCUCCUUUUCUUCUUCUUCUUCUUCUUCUUCUUCUUCUUCUUCUUCUUCUUCUCACUUUCUUUUUUUGUAUACUUAGCUUUCUGUCAUAAUUUCUUCCAUAUUUCUCUCUCUCUCUCAUCUCCUCCUCUUUUUCUAUUUUCCCUUUUCGUCUCUCCUUUUCAUCCCUCGAUUUUCACUUAUCUUUCGUACGUCCGUUACCUGGAUUUUCUUUCCAUCUCUCCUUUUAAAUACUUCUCUACCUGUUAUUUUAUAUUCUUCUUUUUUCAUUCCAUAUUAUACCUCGUUUUCAUUCACUUCAUUACUUUUUCUCUCACACCUUUCAGACAUUUUUUUCUUCUUUGUAUUUCUUUCCUAAAUACACGUUAUUAUUUUUUCUCAUUAUUUUCUCCAUCUGAAACAACAUCAAACCCUGUCUAUUAUAAUUUAUUUUUUCGUUCGUCUUCUGCUCUUCACUCUCAGCCCCCCCCCCUCCGUUCUCCUUCUAUCGUGCUUCCCAAUCGCUACUUAACUGGCGUCCGGCCUUUACCCGCCCGGUCACCUUUCGCUUUUAUCGCUGUUAUUGCCGAUGCAGCAUAA